AUGGAGGGGGCCGAUCACCUGUACCCCUCGACCGAGCCGUACGACCUCGCGCCCCCGCAGCUCGACGACGACGCCACCGCCGCGGGAGGCGGCGGUGAGGCUAGGGUUUGCGACCCGCCGGUGAGGUGGGACGAGGAGCCCAAGGAGGGAACCCACAUAUGCGAGCAAGGGGUAAAAGAUGAUCGUGAGGAAAAUGACACGGAAGACCACCUUAGUGUUGUCAAUAUUUAUGAGAGCGAUGAUGAAAUGACCACCUUGAAGGAAUCAGGAGAAAACGUCCAUUCUGAUUGCCCACUUCGUCAACAAACUGGCAUCUGGGUACCUCCUUCUGUUCCACCGAUGACAAAGCAUGAUCAUGAGGAGUGGCAAAAGGGCUUUGUCUCAAAUGCUGGCUACUUCGUAGAAGACGAAUAUAAGUGGGAUAUAGAUGAAGACAUUAGGGAGAUGACAAUGUGGGAUGUGUUCGCUGAGAUGGCUGUUGCAGGAAAAGAUAAAUUAUUAUCUGUUGCAUCAUAUGAUUUUGGGAGGCAUAGCAUGUCUCUAGUUUCACACUUCCUUCUUCAAGCGGCUUUGGAGGAUAACUCUCAAACACUUGCAGAGGCCAGUGUUGGUUCUGAACAUGCUCUGCUUGAGACAGAACCGACAAAGUGGUUGCCUGAUAGUGCUGCUCCUUCUUGCAUGCUUUGUGGAGCACGCUUCCAUCCAGUAAUUUGCUCUCGCCAUCAUUGUCGUUUUUGUGGUGGGAUAUUCUGUGGCGGCUGUUCAAAGGGUAGAAGCUUGAUGCCUCCAAAAUUCGGAACUUCAGAUCCUCAAAGGGUCUGUGAUGUUUGUGGAGUACGUCUUGAGUGUAUUCAGCCUUACUUGAUGAGCCAGAUAAGUCGUGCUUGUCAACUUCCGACUAAAGAUUUGACAGACCUGAGCACCUUGAGGUCAUGGUUAAACCUCCCAUGGGCACCAACGAUGGAGUAUGAGAUAUACAAGGCUGCAAAUUCCAUACAUGGGUAUUGUAAGGUUGGAAAGCUGAAUCCAGAGAAGUCCAUUCCUGAUUCAAUUCUUAGACAAGCAAAGGGGCUUGCUAUAAUUACUGUGGUAAAGGUUGGAAUGAUGGUCACGUACAAAAUUGGUACUGGGCUGGUCAUUGCUCACAGAGCUGAUGGUUCUUGGUCCCCUCCUUCAGCCAUAUCUACUUGUGGUGUUGGAUAUGGUGCUCAGGCUGGCGCUGAGUUAGCUGACUUCAUCAUUGUUCUGAGGAACACUGAUGCAAUUAAAACAUUCAGUGGAAAUGCACAUCUGUCACUUGGUGCUGGUUUCGGUGCUUCUGCUGGUCAUCUUGGAAGGGUGGCAGAGGCUGAUUUCCAUGCCGGUGAUGGAGGUUAUGCUGCCUGUUACACAUACAGUUGUAGCAAAGGCGCCUUUGUGGGAUGCGCACUCAAUGGAAGUGUAGUAUCAACCCGAAACAACGAAAAUGCCCGAUUCUAUGGCGGUCCAGUCAAGGCAUCAGAAAUCCUUCUUGGUUCACUGGCCAAGCCACCUGCCGCCGCCACUCUCUAUAAAGCUCUAUCCACACUGUUUGAUAAGAUCGGAAAAUAG